UGUAAUGUCAUACACUGAACUCGAACAUGGCUAUCAAGGAUUGCGGCAAGCUACUCAACCACAAUUCUAUGUCGGCGAUGACGGCAAUCUUGUUCCGAUAAGAUCUCCCUGGGGAGAACAUAUAAAUGGACCUUGUGACAAUGACAAGUCAAGUAACUUGUUAAUUAUGUCAUAUAUUUGUUGGUUAUCAUACAAAAUACAACCAAUCAUUUACAAGUCUCCUUAUCAUUGUUUAAGUUGAUAAAAGUGAUAGUUUGAAAUGGAGUGGCAGUGGGUGAAAGACUGGUGGCGGCUAAAACACUGGAGAAAUAAAGAAACAAAGGAGACAAGUGAUGAUGACUUUUGUUGUUGUGAUGAGUGUUUACCCGAUGGCGAGUUGGACCUGUGCGAGUCUUUGGAUUCGAAUGGCGAUGGCUGCGGCAAGAAAGUGGUGGUCGGCGUCUGCGCCAUGGCCAAGAAGUCGCAAUCGAAGCCCAUGAAGGAAAUAUUGACACGGCUGGAUGAAUUCGAGUAUAUUAAAAUGCUCGUGUUCCCAGAGGAGGUUAUACUUAAGAAACCAGUUGAAGAAUGGCCUAUUUGCGACUGCCUUAUAUCAUUUCAUUCAAAAGGAUUUCCACUUGAUAAAGCUAUUCAGUAUGAAAAGUUACGAAAACCCUAUGUAAUUAAUAAUCUUCACAUGCAGUAUGAUAUUCAAGAUCGUCGCAGAGUUUACGCUAUUUUAGAAAAUGAAGGAAUUGAAAUUCCAAGAUAUGCCGUCCUAGAUAGAGAUUCACCAGAUCCUAAACACCACGAGUUGGUGGAAUCGGAGGAUCACGUGGAAGUGAAUGGUGUCGUGUUUAAUAAGCCGUUCGUGGAAAAGCCAGUGUCGGCGGAAGACCACAAUAUUUACAUUUACUACCCGACAUCAGCAGGCGGCGGUAGCCAGCGGCUGUUCAGAAAGAUUGGAAGCCGCAGUAGUAUUUAUUCCCCCGAAUCUCGUGUGAGAAAGACUGGGUCUUUUAUAUACGAAGAUUUUAUGCCUACUGAUGGCACAGAUGUGAAAGUCUACACGGUAGGCCCGGAUUAUGCCCACGCCGAAGCGCGCAAGAGCCCAGCUCUGGAUGGCAAAGUUGAACGCGAUUCUGAGGGCAAAGAAAUCCGAUAUCCUGUUAUAUUGUCCAAUCAAGAGAAGUUAAUAUCUAGGAAAGUUUGUCUGGCCUUUAAGCAGACGGUUUGCGGGUUCGACCUAUUGAGAGCCAAUGGCAAAUCGUUUGUAUGUGACGUAAACGGAUUUUCGUUCGUUAAAAAUUCCAAUAAGUACUACGAUGACUGCGCAAAAAUUCUUGGGAAUAUGAUAUUAAGAGAAUUGGCGCCAACGUUGCAUAUACCCUGGUCGGUCCCUUUUCAACUUGACGAUCCUCCAAUAGUCCCUACGACGUUUGGGAAAAUGAUGGAAUUACGAUGUGUGGUCGCUGUUAUAAGGCAUGGAGAUAGGACCCCUAAGCAGAAGAUGAAGGUCGAAGUUAGACAUCCUAGAUUCUUUGAAAUCUUCGAAAAGUAUGACGGCUUCAAACGCGGUCACGUGAAACUAAAAAAGCCGAAGCAGUUACAAGAGAUCCUUGAUAUUGCGCGUGCGUUGCUAGCUGAUAUUCACACACGUCACGCUGACCCGGAAAUAGAGGAGAAGCAGGGGAAAUUGGAACAGCUCAAGAGCGUGCUUGAAAUGUACGGUCAUUUCUCGGGGAUCAACCGCAAAGUCCAGAUGAAGUACCAGCCGAGAGGCAGGCCUCGAGGCUCCUCGUCGGACGACGGUAACGCCCCCGCACCCGCUACAUCCGCUACAUCCGCUGACGUAGGUUGUGCUGGUGAACCAUCGCUAGUGCUGAUACUCAAGUGGGGGGGAGAAUUGACCCCCGCCGGAAGGAUACAGGCGGAAGAACUAGGCCGGAUGUUCCGGUGCAUGUACCCGGGUGGACAGGGCAGGCAUAUUCCGGGUGAGGCUGGUACGCAAGGCCUAGGUCUUCUUCGUCUCCACUCGACGUUUCGACACGAUCUCAAAAUAUACGCAUCAGAUGAGGGCCGGGUUCAGAUGACGGCGGCGGCUUUCGCCAAGGGUCUGCUAGCGUUAGAAGGCGAGUUGACUCCGAUACUCGUGCAGAUGGUGAAAUCAGCCAAUACCAAUGGUCUUUUGGAUAAUGAUUGCGAUUCAUCGAAAGUUCAGAAUAUGGCCAAAGCCCGACUCCAUGAAGCGAUGCAAGCAGACCGCGAGUUCACUCCAGAAGACAGGGCUCGUAUAAACCCAUGUUCCUCAUUAAGCAUUAAUGCUGCUAUGGAUUUCGUUAAGAAUCCCGUAAGAUGCUGCGCCCACGUGCAUACAUUGAUACAGCAGUUGGUGAGAAUAGUUUUAACGAAGAAGGACGAUCCUAAAACUAAAGACACAAUACUAUACCAUGGCGAAACGUGGGAGCUAAUGGGACGAAGAUGGGGCAAAAUUGAAAAGGAUUUUUGUACUAAACACAAAUCUUUCGAUAUAUCCAAAAUCCCAGAUAUAUACGACUGUAUCAAGUACGAUCUGCAACACAAUCAGCACACUUUACAAUUUGACCUGGCCGAGGAACUGUAUAUGUACGCGAAGUACUUGGCUGAUAUCGUUAUACCACAGGAAUACGGCCUGACGAUGCAAGAGAAGUUAACGAUAAGCCAAGGUAUCUGUACGCCGUUGUUGAAGAAGAUUCGCGCAGACCUCCAGAGGAAUAUUGAGGAAUCGGGCGAAGAGAAUGUCAACAGGCUUAAUCCAAGGUACAGUCACGGUGUAUCGAGUCCGGGUCGUCACGUGCGUACGCGUCUGUACUUCACGAGCGAGAGUCACGUGCACUCGCUUUUAACAGUACUGAGAUUCGGCGGACUACUCGAUAUAGUGAAAGAUGAGCAAUGGCGUCGUGCGAUGGAGUACGUGUCAAUGGUGUCAGAACUCAACUACAUGUCUCAAAUUGUUGUUAUGCUAUAUGAGGACCCUACCAAGGACCCUUGCUCUGAAGAGAGAUUCCAUGUGGAAUUACACUUCAGUCCGGGCGUGAAUUGCUGCGUGCAAAAGAAUCUUCCGCCGGGACCCGGAUUUAGGCCACAUUCGCGGAAUCAUUCCACGGCUAAUAAUGAACAAUUGUCCCCCGAUUCGGUUAAAUGUAUCGAAGAAGAAGUGGAAGAUGAUCAGAUGGCGAGUCAGGAGACAUUGCAACCUGACGUGAUUGACGAAUUGGACAACACAUUCUCGGGGACGAAGUGUUCCAAAUCAAAAUUGAGACCCUCCGACCCAAUACCUAUUUGCAACCUACACUAUACAGUGAGUGGUCACGAAGCAUCGUCUCUAGCUGCGCGCCUCAACGAAGAGCUGCGCUCGCGCAGUCAUACACACCCUGAUGACAGAGAACAUGCGCAGAGCGAAGAGAAAGAGACUAAAGAGGGCGAAGAGCCACAGCCGCGGGCGCGCAGCUACGACCAACAAAAACAACAUGAUAAUGGGCGGCGUCAGCGGCACAGCAUCGCCGGCCAGAUGAGCUACCUCAAGAUGUUGGGGCUGGCUAGAGGCAAGUUGGGAGGCGCCGCGGGACUCUUCAGUACCGCCGUUAUAUCGGGCUCCAGUUCAGCGCCUAAUCUCCGAGUUAUGAUACCCUCAACUAAUAGUAAUACGGCACUGGAGGGUUUCGGGGGUGUGCCAGCUAUUCGCCCUUUGGAGACACUUCACAAUGCGUUGUCUCUGCGACAGUUGGACGAUUUCCUUGAGAGACUCAGCGCAGCCCCUGUUCAGACAAUGACAAAACCCCUUGUUAAGCAUUCGCCUACCAAUAGUGUAGGUUGGAGUGGUCCGUCUUCCUUGAUGUCAUCAUCAGGAGAACUGCCCAGUGCCUUGUCAUCAGCCGGCCCCUCUUCACCCAACUCCAACUACGCCGGAUCCGAAAACAAGAACAACGAAAGUAGCAAUUGGAGUAAAAAUGUUCCAAACAAGCUCCCCCAGUGGGACGGCGAGGCGGCGACAUUGUGCGAGCUGCGGCCCUACGCUCUCGGGGAACUCCUCCCAGGUUCUUCUAUUAGCGGCGAUGUGACGCCCGUUUCUGCGAGUUCAGAACUCGAGUUCAAUAGUAACGAGGCCACUGCCGGAUCGCUCACCGAUCACGAUAUUAUGAGUGCAGAGGGUGAAGAUGACGAAGAGACACUAUCAGCGGAUCCAUGUAGUUCGCCUGUAAAGAUAAUACGUAAUGAUUUGAGCCCAAUAUGCACAAGGAACACCCUCAAACCGACAAAAACUAACUUAGUGUCAUAUAAUCUCACCCCACAACAGACAGAAGCCUUCUUCAAAGAUCUUCCCUGCAGCAGCAAAAACUUCAACAAAGACGAAACAAAGAAAUGUUCAAAGGAACGGUUGAAGUUCUACAAAAACUUAGAUUCACUAAACAUACAAAGAGAUUUAGGAAAAUUAGAAAGCGAAGUUUGCACCAGUAGAAGAUAUAGUGACAGUAGCGCUCAAAAGAGCACAGCUGUAACUGGAAGUAGAUUCACUACAACGCUUGUGUCCGAAGACUGUUUGAGAGCUAGCGCUUCUGGUGAGAGCAAAUCAAAUAAUAACAUAGCCAAUACGGUACAUGAACCUAUCCUAACGCCAUUAGUGACUACAGCUAAGAAUGUUAAUGUUAAACCCGGUUUUAACUUAUGUAAUAAUUAGAUCCUUUAUUUUUAAAUCAUAUACUUAUAUUGUUAUGCACAAAUUGACAUGAAUGUUAAUAAAGGCUAUAAAUUUUCAGAUAGUGAACAACUUGCCGAUUGAAUGGAUAUAAAUAAUAUGCCGGCUACAUUGUAACCCCUUCACUGGCUAUUUGUAGGUUCUAGAUAAAUAGUGAUAUUUACAAAAUAGUUUGUAAUAAGUUGUAUUAUUUAAUAUACAGUGCUUGAGAAUUCAAA